ACGGUCAGCACUGCACUGAACCUCUCACCGACUACUUCAAAGCCCGCGCCAAAUCUAGGGUUUCAUCUUUCAAUUUGAAGGCUUCGAAUCGAAUCUCCUCCAGAUCUCUUGAUCUCAAUCAUGAACUGCGAAGUCUGUCAACUCAAAGAACUGGAUGUGGAGCACUUUGAGAUACGGGAAGUUCUUAGCUGCAUACUACACACCAUUGUAUUUCAUAGGGCUUUAGGCCUCAUAAGGCCUAAAGACAUUGACUUGGAACUUUUCGAAAUUACAUAUGUGCAAUGUGGGGAUGUAGAAAUUGAAAAGAAAAUUGAUGAGAAGAUUGACCAAUUCAUAAGUUGGGUCGAGAAACACCCAAACAAGAAAAGUCAGGUGUGCAUAUCUUUCUAUGAAGUGAAAAACAAACAGCAUGGAUGGUACAAAAAAAUUGAACGAUUAUAUUGGGAGCAAUGGCAUGUAAAUUUGAAUGUGACACAGCAUCCAAAGGGACAUUCUAGCAAGUCUCAUCAUUCCAAAGUAGUUCUUGACCCAGGAGAGGGAAGAUCAGAAGAUAGAAGUGUGAGAAGGGCUGCACUAGAAGCUUCUCUACGUGAGGUUUUGUUUCAAAUAAUAAAAUUUGUCAAUGAGAAGAAGGAUCACGUUCCGCCCAUUACCGAUGGCGUCAUGUACUUUCCAUAUGAAAUUACUAUCCCAAGUUGAUAAUCUGGUGCUAUUACUCAGCUCAUCAGAUUCUGCCUUCGGCAUGGACAUGUUUAAGAGGAUGCUUCAAACCGGUCACCCAACCAUGCUCAGCUGAUUAUCGGUGUCGACAAGCUUAAUAUCUUGAUAAAUAUUUCCAAGGAAGAACUAAUUAGUACUUUUAGAUGUCUCCACUUGUGUGAAUAGGAGUUUCGAUGCCUUCAAGAAAGAAGCUGUAAAUUGGAUUUGAUUUUCAAAAGAAGGGUGCAUGAGAGCAGAGGGCCAUUUUUUUUUUCCUGGGUUUGUAAAUAUUAUCUUUGUAUCAAUCACUCAAUGUUUAUUCCUUAGCGCUGCUGUUCUCAUGUGUAUAGUGAACUGUUACUAGUUCAAUCAGCCGAACUAUAUUGUUGCUCUUAGAUUCUUCUUACAUUCUUGAUCUCACAUUAGAUGAUUGUUAUGGUUGACAAGCUA